UGCUGAACCUUGCCUACCCCACAGGGAUCCAUGAUGCCGAGCUAUGACCGUUCGUGUGGCUGUGGCCGGGGCCCCAAUGUGGAAGACGGCAAGUGGUAUGGGGUCCGCUCCUAUUUGCACCUCUUCUAUGAGGACUGCGCAGGUACUGCCCUCAGCGAUGACCCUGAGGGGCCUCCUGUUCUGUGUCCCCGUCGACCUUGGCCCUCACUGUGCUGGAAGGUCAGCCUGUCCUCGGGGACCCUGCUUCUGCUGCUGGGUGUGGCAGCCCUGACCACUGGCUAUGCUGUGCCCCCCAAGCUGGAGGGCAUUGGAGAGGGCGAGUUCCUGGUAUUGGAUCAGCGGGCAGCUGACUACAACCAGGCUCUGGGCACCUGCCGCCUGGCAGGCACUGUACUCUGUGUGGCAGCUGGGGUCUUGCUGGCCAUCUGCCUGCUCUGGGCCAUGACCGGCUGGCUGAGCCAGGGCACCAAGGCAGAACCUUUGGAUACCGAAGCUGACAGCCAUGUGGAGGUCUUCAGGGAUGAGUCAGAGCAGCAGCUCUCCCCCAUCUUUCGUGAUGCCAAUGGCCAGUCUUGGUUCUCGCCACCCGACAGCCCUUUUGGACAAUCCUCCGUGCAGACCAUCCAGCCAAAGCGGGACUCUUGAGGGGCCCACAUGGCUAGAGGAGGCAUCAGACCCAGAGUCUGGACUCCUCCUCAGCAUACCCCACCGCUCCCAUUGUCUCCUUAACUUCUUUCUUUUAUCAGGGACCCUUCUGUCUAAGCAGCCAGAAGGCUCAACUCCAGAUCAGAAAGCCUGGAGCUCACAUCCCCAUGCCCAUUCCCAGGGGAUAGGGAGGGCCCAACUUAUCCAAGAUGCCAAUCUUCCCCUAGUCCACUCAAAACUUCUCGCCCACUCCUCCUUCCCCAGGCUCUUCAGGGGCAGAAAGUAUCUCCCUCAACCCAUCCCCACUCUUUUCUCUAUGUGGCCAAGCCCCUUACCCUUUUAGACCACCAGCUCCUGCCUCUGUAUUAAAAGGGGUUUGGACCAGA